AUGUCGGUUCUGGGGAGGCGAGGAGCUUGCGAGCUUCGAUCUUUGGCUACUUCCCGCUCACCAUAUUCCGCGAACGCUUUGCGGCCCUUCUCCAUUCUCAACCGUCCGCAGCCAAAUUAUCCUGGCCAUGUCCCAUUGACUACUAUUGAGCGUGGUGCUUUGGCUAUCGGUUCAGCAGUCGGGUCUCUGAUCAACCCACGGAGAGCAGACCUAAUUGCAGCCCUCGGCGAGGCCACCGCUACUCCAUACUUUAUUUACCGUCUUCGAGAUGCAAUGCUCUCCGAUCCCACCGGCCGACGUAUCCUCCGCGAUCGACCCCGCAUCACCUCCGAGACUCUCAACAUGUCCUACCUUCGCACACUCCCCGAGAACUCCGUCGGCCGCACAUACGCUACCUGGCUCGACCGGGAGGGCGUGUCUCCAGAUACUCGGGACAACGUGCAGUACAUCGAUGAUGAAGAGUGCGCCUACGUUAUGCAGCGGUACCGCGAGUGCCAUGACUUCUACCACGCGGUGACGGGGCUGCCGAUCUUCGUAGAGGGCGAGCUCGCCCUGAAGGCGCUAGAGUUCCUGAAUACACUUCUGCCCAUGACGGGUCUAAGUCUGUUUGCGUUUAUACGAAUGAAGCCUGCUGAGAAGGAGCGCUUUUUGACGCUGCAUUUGCCGUGGGCUGUGCGCAGUGGGCUGGGAAGUAAAGAGUUGAUUAAUGUGUACUGGGAAGAGGUGUUGGAGAAGGAUGUGGACGAGCUUCGGGCUGAACUGAACAUCGAGCGACCACCAGAUCUGAGGGAAAUCCGGAAAAUGAUUCGGAAGCAGCAGAAGCAGGAGAAGGAGAGACAGCAAAUGUCGAGUUGA